ACCAUGAACCUGGAGCCACCCAAGGCCGAAUUCCGGUCGGCCACCAGGGUGGUCGGAGGACCUGUCACCCCCAGGAAAGGGCCCCCCAAAUUUAAGCAGCGACAAACCAGGCAGUUCAAGAGCAAGCCCCCCAAGAAAGGCGUCCAAGGGUUUGGGGAUGACAUCCCUGGAAUGGAAGGCCUGGGAACAGACAUCACGGUCAUCUGCCCUUGGGAGGCCUUCAACCACCUGGAGCUGCACGAGCUGGCCCAAUAUGGCAUCAUCUAGUGCCAGACCCCUGCCCAGGGUCCCGGGACCCUCACCCCUGCUGCCCACUGCUCUCUGAA